AUGACUGCCAACGGCGAUAUCGAACAUGGCGAUGCAGAUAGGGCGGCAGGCGUGCCAGCAGGUACCAUUGAGCAGUCGCCGCUGCUGCACAAUGGGGGAAAUGCAACCAGCAACCUGACAGCGCUGGUGAGCAGCGGCGACGGCCCGAGGUCAAUGGAUAGCGGCAUUACACGCACAUGCCUAGCCAGCGCCAUUAUCAUGGCCAUUGCGCCGCUGCAGUACGGAUACCACAUUGCAGAACUCAAUACGCCCAAGGGAAUUAUCACAAAGUGCGACAGCGACGCAGCACAUGGCAGCCGCCUGCCGCUGUGUCUCCCAAUGAACGACAACAUGUACUCGCUGGCCACAUCCAUCUUUGCUAUCGGUGGGCUGUUUGGGUCGCUAGCAGCUGGAUGGAUGGCCGAGCGGUGGGGACGGCGCGGCGCGCUCAUGUACAACAACCUGCCGUUUGUCAUUGGUCCACUGCUGAUGGCCUUUGCGCUGACGCCUGGCAUGCUGGUUGCAGGGCGGCUCAUUAGCGGGGUUGGCUCAGGCGCGUCUAUCGUCAUUGCACCGCUGUACCUGUCGGAGAUCGCGCCGGUCAAGCUGCGCGGCACGCUGAAUCUGCUGAAUCAGCUGAGCAUCGUGGUGGGAAUCCUGGUCACGCUGGUAAUCGGCGUGCUGGCCAAUUCUGGCCCGUACUGGCGUGUCAGCGUCGGGUUUGGCCUGGUGCUUGCUAGCCUGCAGCUCUUGAUUAUCCAAUUUGCCGUUGAGAGCCCGCGGUAUCUGUGGUCACGUGGCCAGAGGGUUGAAGCCCGCCAUGUUCUGCGCUAUCUGCGGGGCACAGCCAACGUGGAUGAUGAGGUAGCGGGGUGGGUGUCGACCAGCGACGCAUCCGACAGCGACGAGGUUCCUUCGCGUGCCGAGCGGACCGUGACCAUCUUCAACAUCUUCAUGUUCCCCGAGUACCGCAAGCCGUGGGUGCUUGUUCUGUUGCUGCAGUUUGGGCAGCAGCUAUCAGGGAUCAACACGGUGUUCUAUUAUUCGUCAUCUGUUCUCGAAAAGAUGUUCUCGAGCCAUGUGAGCAGCAUCCUGACCAUGCUGAUCGGUGUCCUGAAUGUAUUGGCCACGUCUUCAGGUGCGUUAAUUGUCGACCGCUUUGGACGGCGUCCGCUGCUAUUUGCCUCGAUGGCGACCAUGACGAUCUCUAUCACGCUGCUAGGCCUGAGCCUGGCGUUCAGCUGGAAUGUGAUGGCCGUCGCCUCGCUGUACCUGGUGGUGGCUUCGUUUGCGCCCGGCUAUGGACCGGCAGCCGCUGCUGGCGGCUCGUGGGCGCUGGCGGCAAAUUGGACUGGCACAUUUAUUGUUGCAGCGGCGUUCCUGCCUACCAAGGGGAAAACCAUCGAGGAAAUCGCAAAGAAACUCAGGUGA